CAUGCAAUUACCAGAUGUUGGCGAGAUGAUGGAGGAAGCUCUUCAUCUUUUCGCUUCCGGCCCUGAAGAGGAUGAGAGCACUCCGAGUACCACAACUUUGACCAUGUCCAAAAUCACCACCAUAUGGAGCUCCGCCCCGAGCGAGCACUUGAUCGAGAAGCAGAGCGCACCAUGCACCACCAGCUUAACCAUCUCCGAAGUUACUGGCAUAUCGACCUUAGCACAGGGCCAGUGCUUAGACAAUGCGCUCCACGCCCACCAAGUUCCGAAACACGCGCCUGACCACACGAUAGCAGAAGCCCUUCCAGAUGAAGAAACCAAGACGGAUGAUAUCCUUCCGACGCUGGAACCGUUCCAGCAAACUUCCGAACAAACAGAAUCAGUAGCGUGUGAGCAGCGUGCGUUUCGGACUCUGCCAGAUCAACUCGAAGCCGACCGGGGUGCCCGAUUCAAUAUGACGGCGGAGCCUCAAGCCCCACAACGGAUGGACUCCGAAACAUGCCAUAUCAGCGGCGACACCAAAGAACAAGAGGCUUCGGCGGCUCAGAGUGAAUCGAUGGGAGUGCCAGAAGAUCAGGAUCUGGACCAUCCUUCUUCCGCUCAGCAGAUAUCGGAUCGCAACGAGGAAAACCGUCUUCAACCAUCACUUCCACAAUAUUCGGGAUCUACGCAAGAACAUCACGUUGCAAGCACCGAGUCAUCAAUUGAAGGACUCUCAGAUACAGAUCGGCAAGAGAUUACUGGCAGCCAAGAGUCGCCAGCCAAUGUUCAUGGCACAUUGUCGCCUACCCAACAUCCUCCAUCGAUGGAUCGAGACGCACCCGGUUCAGAACCUGGUACUUUUGCGAGGCCAAUUGUGAUCGACGAGGAUGAGCCACUGCAAGAUGCGGACAAAGACGUUGCUAUGGCGGAUCACACUCCUGGCAGCAAUACUGAACAUGGCGACUUGCGUUGGCCGAAAAGGACGUCCCGUCAGAGGACUGAAACCAACAUGGUUUCGUGGGCCUCGAUCAAGCAGAGAAAUGUGGAAAAGUGGGAAAAAUAUUGGAAGCCUGUACAGGUCCAGUGGAAGGAACUGAUGGAGUUACCAACGAUGAAUGCUGUGAAGGGUGCGCAAAGAUUCGACGGCAGGAUGCAAUUGGCUGAAGACUGGCUUCUACAAGAUUGCUUAAGCCAUGAAGACGUGGUGGAGUUGCGCCAGAGUUACUUACGUAUCUCGGGCAAACUCCAUGAAGUGGUAACGUCAAGCAAUGAGAGAAAGCUUGUGAUAAAGCUAGGUAAGAGUAUGCUUCGGUUCCGGAACAUAUCACGUCAGUUAACGGGGACGGAAGUUGAGCCUGAGGAGGAUGGAAGUGACGAGGACUAUGCUGCUGCAAUGUAAUGAUGGGUAGCUCAGUAGAACAUUUUUUCCGGAUUGAUCUAGUUAAUGAACAUGUA